UCUAAUUAUCUACAGGACGUUGAUGCCACAGAUAUCACAAAUUAUGAAGCACACAGAUAUCCCAGGACUUUAAAAUCUAAGCAUCCAUCAUGCAGGAUCAACCAAUAUUUCGACGUAGACAAGGGCGAUUGUAUGGGAGUAAUCGGUGGUGGAAAAGCGCUUUAUAUAAAUAACAAAAAAUCUUGCGGAUCGAAUGUAUUAAAACCACACUGCACAAAUCCAAGAUACUACUACAUUUGCAGACAGAACAAAACCAUUUUGGCCCAGUGUCCCCAAAACAGACAUUUCGAAAGCCAUCUACAAAAAUGUAUCUUGGUACCUCGUGAGAAGCAUAUUUCUGCUACCAGCGGACAAAAUUCCGAUAUUUUUGAUUCUGUUCAACAUCUCGAUUGCCUAAAAACCGGCUCAUUUCCGGUUCCAGAUAACUGUGGUUUGUUUUAUACCUGCUCGAUGCAUGGUAAGAAAAUGAACAAAAAUUUCUACACGUGUCCAAAAAAUAUGGCUUAUGACACAGAAACUGAAAUGUGUAAACCAUCCAGUACUUGUCGUGAACCAGAAUCAUUAUCCUCGUGUAGAAAUCAUCCAUGGGAUGGAAAGAAAGAAAAUAUGGCAUUAAAGGAAGCUGUAUUUCCGAUAAAGAGAAGAUCGGAAACUUGUGAAACGAUGUUUACGAAUGAAGAAGACACUACGACUAAUUCAACGUCUGAGAAUGAUGAUGAAAUUAUGUUGAUAACUACUUCUUACACCGAACCAUUCGUAUCUGAACUCACGCGAUCAGGUGAUAGUAAUGAUAUUGUAACGACGACGGAACGUGCUUUGGAAAAGUCACGUUUUACAAACACUGAAGAUUUCGCGAUACCUAUAACUGCCACGUAUUCAACAAUUGCAGUAGAGAACACGUAUCCGACUGAAUUUAAUUUACCCAUCGAAGUAAAUGGGAAUAAAGAAUUAGAAUCUACGACUGUAGCAGGACCAUUUGAAAAUGGUCAUACGAGAAUUAUAAUGGAUGAUCCUGAGGAGCAAUCACCUGAUGACCAAGAUAGAACUGCACCAACAAUUUUAGAUGAUCCAUCAAUGUUAGAAAACAUAGAGCGAGAAAAAAUUCCUGGUUCUGAGAAUCCUAGUUUGGAGAAACAAUAUAGUAAUACAGAGGAAUUUAACGAAGAGCCAACGUUUGGAAUCAGAAACAUCGACACUGAACCAAUAACUUUAGCCGAUCCUACAAGCCUCAAAAGUAACGAACCGAUUACAAACCUAGAUUCAAACAAACCACCUUUGGAAAUUCCUAUUGAUGAUCCUACAUUACAAAACCAACAUAGUACAACAAUAGCAUUUAACGAAGAAUCAAUUAAUGAAGCUGAAAACACCCUACCAAUAAUUACAGAGGAUGUUACAGCCCCUAGUCGACCAGAGGAACAACCGAUUGCAGAAAUAAUUCCAACUGAAUCGCCUGUACAAAUGCCUAUUGAAGAACCUAAUUUAGAAAACCAACAUAGUAUACAAGAAGAAUCCAGCGAAAAACCAAUUACUGAAAAUGAAAGCAUGAACAUUGCGCCAACAAUUUCAGACGAUCCUGCAAUCCUUAAUAAUGUAGAAGCGAAAGAGGAACCGCCUACAUCAAAAAUUCCAAUUGAACCAUCCGUGCAAAUUCCCAUUUCUGAAGAUCCUAAUUUGGCAGAUCAAUAUAAAGCACCAGAAAAUUUGAGCGAAGAAUCAACUACUGAAACUGAAAACAUUAACAGUGAAGAAAUAAUUGUAGGUGAUCCAACAACUCCUAUCAAUACAGAACCAGAAGAAGAACCGGUAACACAAGUAGUUUUAAGCGAAUUACCGGUUACAAAUCCUACUACUGGAAAUCCUGAAUUACCGAUACCUGAAAUUGAAAAUAUUAACACUGAACCAACAACCCUUAUCAAUACAGAACCGCAAGAGGAACCGGCAACAAAAGUAAUUUCAGACGAAUCACCGAUUGUAAUUCCUACUACUGAAAAUUCUGAAUUGCCGAUUACUGAAAUUGAAAAUAUUAAUACUGAACCAACAAUUCCACCUGAUCCAACCACCGCUAUAAAUACAGCACCGGAAGGGGAACCAGCAAAAGAAGUAGUUUUAAACGAAUCACCGGUUGGGAUUCCAACCACUGAAAAUCCUGAAUUACCGAUUCCUGAAAUUGAAAAUAUUAACACUGAACCAACAACCCUUAUCAAUACAGAACCGCAAAAGGAACCGGCAACAAAAGUAAUUUCAGACGAAUCACCGGUUGUAAUUCCUACUACUGAAAAUUCUGAAUUGCCGAUUACUGAAAUUGAAAAUAAUAACACUGAACCACCAAUUUCAACUGAUUCAACAAGCCUUAUCAAUACAGAACCGGAAAAGGAACCAACGAACGAAGUGGCUUUAAACGAAUCACCGGUUAAUAUUCCAAACACUGAAAAUCCUGAAUUACCGAUUCCUGAAAUUGAAAAUAUUAACACCGAACCAACAACUCUUAUCAAUACAGAACCGCAAGAGGAACCGGCAACAAAAGUAAUUUUAGACGAAUCACCGGUUGUAAUUCCUACUACUGAAAAUCCUGAAUUACCCACACCUGAAAUUGAAAAUAUUAACACUGAACCAACAACCCUUAUCAAUACAGAACCGCAAGAGGAACCGGCAACAAAAGUAAUUUCAGACGAAUCACCGGUUGUAAUUCCUACUACUGAAAAUUCUGAAUUGCCGAUUACUGAAAUUGAAAAUGUUAAUGCUGAACCAACAAUUUUAGCUGAUCCAUCCACCCCUAUAAAUACAGAACCGGAAGGGGAACCAGGAAAAGAAGUAGUUUUAAACGAAUCACCGGUUAAUAUUCCAACCACUGAAAAUCCUGAAUUACCGAUUCCUGAAAUUGAAAAUAUUAACACUGAACCAACAACUCUUAUCAAUACAGAACCGCAAGAGGAACCGGCAACAAAAGUAAUUUCAGACGAAUCACCGGUUGUAAUUCCUACUACUGAAAAUUCUGAAUUGCCGAUUGCUGAAAUUGAAAAUGUUAAUGCUGAACCAACAAUUUUACCUGAUCCAUCCACCCCUAUAAAUACAGAACCGGAAGGGGAACCAGCAAAAGAAGUAGUUUUAAACGAAUCACCAGUUAAUAUUCCAACCACUGAAAAUCCUGAAUUACCGAUUCCUGAAAUUGAAAAUAUUAACACUGAACCAACAACCCUUACCAAUACAGAACCGCAAGAGGAACCGGCAACAAAAGUAAUUUCAGACGAAUCACCGGUUGUAAUUGCUACUACUGAAAAUCCUGAAUUACCGAUUCCUGAAAUUGAAAAUAUUAACACUGAACCACCAACCCUUACCAAUACAGAACCACAAGAGGAACCGGCAACAAAAGUAAUUUCAGACGAAUCACCGGUUGUAAUUCCUACUACUGAAAAUUCUGAAUUGCCGAUUACUGAAAUUGAAAAUGUUAAUACUGAACCAACAAUUCUACCUGAUCCAUCCACCCCUAUAAAUACAGAACCGGAAGGGGAACCAGCAAAAGAAGUAGUUUUAAACGAAUCACCGGUUAAUAUCCCAACCACUGAAAAUCCUGAAUUACCGAUUCCUGAAAUUGAAAAUAUUAACACUGAACCAACAACCCUUACCAAUACAGAACCACAAGAGGAACCGGCAACAAAAGUAAUUUCAGACGAAUCACCGGUUGUAAGCCCUACUACUGAAAAUUCUGAAUUGUCGAUUACUGAAAUUGAAAAUGUUAAUACUGAACCAACAAUUCUACCUGAUCCAUCCACCCCUAUAAAUACAGAACCGGAAGGGGAACCAGCAAAAGAAGUAGUUUUAAACGAAUCACCGGUUAAUAUCCCAACCACUGAAAAUCCUGAAUUACCGAUUCCUGAAAUUGAAAAUAUUAACACUGAACCAACAACCCUUACCAAUACAGAACCGCAAGAGGAACCGGCAACAAAAGUAAUUUCAGACGAAUCACCGGUUGUAAUUGCUACUACUGAAAAUCCUGAAUUACCGAUUCCUGAAAUUGAAAAUAUUAACACUGAACCAACAACCCUUACCAAUACAGAACCGCAAGAGGAACCGGCAACAAAAGUAAUUUCAGACGAAUCACCAGUUGGAAUUUCUUCUAAUGAAAAUUCUGCGUUACCUAUUACUGACAUUGAAAAUAAUAACACUGUACCACCAAUUUUAACUGAUUCAACAACCCUUAUCAAUACAGAACCGGAAAAGGAACCAGCGAAAGAAGUGUCUUUAAAUGAAUCACCGGUUAAUAUUCCAACCACUGAAAAUCCUGAAUUACCGAUUCCUGAAAUAGAAAAUAUUAACACUAAACCAACAACCGUUAUCAAUACAGAACCGGAAGGGGAUCCUGCAGAAGAAGUAGUUCUAAACGAAUCACCGGUUGCAAUCCCUACUACUGAAAAUUCUGAAUUGCCGAUUCCUGAAAUUGAAAAUAUUAACACUGAACCAACAACCCUUAUCAAUACAGAACCGCAAGAGGAACCGGCAACAAAAGUAAUUUCAGACGAAUCACCGGUUGGGAUUCCAUCCACUGAAAAUCCUGAGUUUCCGAUUCCUGAAAUUGAAAAUAUUAACACUGAACCAACAAUAUUAACUGAUCCAUCAACCCUUAUCAAUACAGAACCAGAAGGGGAACCAACAAAAGAAGUAGUUUUAAACGAAUCACCGGUUGUAAUUCCUACUACUGAAAAUUCUGAAUUGCCAAUUACUGAAAUUGAAAAUACUAACACUGAAUCAGCAAUUCUACCUGAUCCAACCACCCUUAUCAAUACAGAACCAGAAGGGGAACCAGCAAAAGAAGUAGUUCUAAACGAAUCACCGGUUGGAAUUCCAUCCACUGAAAAUCCUGAAUUACCGAUUCCUGAAAUUGAAAAUAUUAACACUGAACCAACAACGUUAACUGAUCCAACAACCCUUAUCAAUACAGAACCGGAAGAGGAACCAACAAAAGAAGUAGUUUUAAACGAAUCACCGGUUGUAAUUCCUACUACUGAAAAUCCUGAAUUACCGAUUCCUGAAAUUGAAAAUAUUAACACCGAACCAACAGUUUUAACUGAUUCAACAACCCUUAUUGAUACAGAACCGGAUGAAGUAACAGAAGUAAUUUUAGACAAAUCACCCGUUGGAACUUCUGCUACUGAAAAUCCUAGUUUAGAAAAAGAAUAUAAUAAUAUAUUAACCAAUUCGAUAACCCCUGAUACUACAAAACCACAAGAACAACCAAUUACGUAUAUAAUUCCAACUGAAUCAUUCUCGGAAAUAGAAGAUCCUGAGGAUCCUGAACGUACUGUAACAGGAGAAUUUACUGAAGAGCCAACUAUUGGAACUGAAGCUAUUGGUACUACUUCAGCUAUCUUACCUGAUGCUCUAAUAUCUGAUAUGACGGUACCUAGAGAAAUAAAUACAGCAACAGAGGCAGAUGAACCAUUGUUAGAAACAAGUAGGUCAGAAGAAUCCAUUUUACAUGGUCCAUCUACUACACCUAUCCUAAAUGAUAUAAUUACAGCUACAAAAGAAGAUCCAGAACAUAAUAAUAAAGGAAGUGAUGAACAAAUACCCAUUGAAUAUGGAAAUGGUGAAUCAUCAAAUUACGAUUUAAAUAGAAUGAUAACCACUGAUCCAACAAGCUUGAUCAGCACAAAUGGAGAAUCUGUAUUACAAAAUGAUAGUGAAACACCUAAAAUUAAUACUGAAGAAAUAUUUUCAAAUGUAAUAACCGAAAAGCCUGAUUCUAGAGCAAUGAAAAAACAUUCGAAACCAUUUCAUAAACAUUCUCAGAUUAUAGAUAAGGAGGACGCGUGUAAUAAUGUUGCACAAAAAGAAUCAGCAACUACACCGAAAGAUAUACACAUGCCGUCAGCGAUAUACUAUAUCGUUGAUAAGAUUAAGCAAUGCUUGACAAAAAUUUUAAAUAUGUUACAUCACUAAGGAUG